AUUAAAUUUAGCAAUCGAUUUCGACUUUGGGAAUUGGGAUUGAGGAGUUAUUCUCAAGAUUUGACAAAUUAUAGAGUCUUUGAUUUGAUUUCGAGGGUUGAGGCUUAAGGAGGAUCCUUCCCUUUGCCUUCAUCCUUAAACUUUUUGCAGUCACUCUUUAUACAAUUUUCUUCUUCUGUUUUUGAUCGGACCAUAAAUCUGAUUAGACAGGAUCUCAUGGCCACCACUGGAAACAAGAACAUCAAUGCUAAAUUAGUUCUACUUGGGGAUGUUGGAACUGGAAAGUCUAGUCUAGUGUUGCGCUUCGUUAAAGGGCAAUUUGUUGAAUUUCAGGAAUCAACCAUAGGUGCAGCUUUUUUCUCCCAGACGUUGGCUGUGAACGAUGCAACUGUAAAGUUUGAAAUUUGGGAUACAGCUGGUCAAGAGAGGUACCAUAGCUUGGGACCAAUGUAUUACAGAGGAGCUGCGGCUGCGAUCAUUGUGUAUGAUAUAACAAAUCAAGCAUCAUAUGAGAGAGCCAAAAAAUGGGUCCAAGAACUUCAAGCGCAAGGCAAUCCUAAUAUGGUAAUGGCACUUGCUGGGAACAAAGAUGAUUUACUUGAUGCAAGGAAGGUGGCAGCAGAGGAAGCACAAACUUAUGCUCAGGAAAAUGGUCUUUUCUUCAAGGAAACUUCUGCAAAGACAGCAUCCAAUGUUAACGAGAUUUUCUAUGAAAUAGCCAAAAGAUUACCUCGAGUGCAGCCAGCACAAAAUCCUGCUGGAAUGGUUCUCAUGGAUAGGACUGUAGAACGAAAUGCAAGUGCAACUUGUUGCUCUUAGGCAUUUGCUGUUUCCUUUCUGUAUCUUCUAAGUAGCUCAUAUAAUGUUCUCUGCAAUCAAAGUUUUAUCUUUCAUACUUGUUUUGGUGUACGAUUCAUUUAGAGUUGUACAUGCAUGUUGUCUAGACACGAUGAUACCAACCCGUUAAUUGUGUUGGAGAUUGAUUAUUCUUGUAAUUGAAGUUCGGUAU